ACAUAGAUGGAUCGUGGUAGGCCUUGCCGAAGUGGCCUCCGCCGUCCGGGUCGUCCUCCUGAAAUUCGUGGCGCAGUUAUUGGACGUAUCGAUCUGCGUCUCCGUUGACGUUUGUCCGAUGAUGAUUUACUACGUGAUCGAGGUCAAAAUUCAUCUGCUGUUGAUUCGCGUCGGCGGCGCAAAGAGAUCUGACUGGGAAAGCGUCCUGUUGAUGGCAUUGUUGCUGAUUCUUUAUGUGGUCUUGGUUCUUCACGUGGUGUGGACUCUGCUGUUUCCCUUCCCAGCUCUUCGGCUGAGUUCUCUGGAGAGUCUUCGGUUCCAUUUGAUGGUCCAGUUGUUGGUCAACCUGCUGCUCUUUGUAUUGGCACCUCAGGACCUACACACGAAUCCAUCUCCUCCUCCGGCCGUUGCUGCCAUCACGCCACUUGCUCAGGACCUGCACAAGGCAUCGUCUUCUCUUCAGCACCACCCUCGCCACUAAAACACUUCUCCAGCAGGGGAGGGCGAG